AUGGAGGAGGAGGAAACAACCGCGCCGAUAAAGACGACGACGAAAGAAGACUCAUCGUCGUCGUCGUUUUCAAAACUCAAAAACUUCGAAGGAGAAGAAGAAGAAGAAGAAGAAGAAGAAGAAGAAAAGAAGAAGAAGAAGAAGAAGGAGAUACCGCUCAAACUCAAAUUUAAAACGUGGCAAGGCGUAGCAACGUGGACGUGGAACGAUGCGUCAGACGUGUGCGGGAUUUGCCACUCGCCUUACGAUGGGUGCGCACCAGAUUGUAAAUAUCCCGGAGAUGAUUCACCCGUCGUGUGGGGCGUUUGUUCGCACGCGUUUCAUUUGCGAUGCAUAACGAAAUGGCUGGACGGACGAAACUCGGAACAAAAAUGUCCCAUUUGUCGAGGCGAUUGGGAGUUUAAGCAAGCUUGA